AUGUCGUUCGGCACCAAGGCUACAUUCCACACCGGCGCGCAGAUCCCCACGCUGGGAUACGGCACCUGGCAGUCGUCUCCUGGCGAGGUCUCCGUGGGCGUCUACGAAGCCCUCAAGGCUGGCUACCGCCAUCUUGAUCUCGCCAAGAUCUACCAGAACCAGCCCGAGGUCGCCGAAGGCAUCAAGAAGGCCUACAAGGACAUUCCGGGACUCAAGCGCGAGGAUAUCUUCAUUACCUCCAAGCUGUGGAACAACUCUCACCGUCCCGAAUAUGUCGAGGCCGCCCUUGAUCAGACUCUGAAGGAGCUUGAACUUGACUACCUUGACCUCUACCUCAUCCACUGGCCUGUCGCAUUCAAGCGCGACGGUGCUGCUGACGCUGACAACCUCUUCCCCGCCUCCGAGAACGGCAAGGCGGUCGCUGUCGACGACGACGUGUCCAUUGUCGACACCUGGAAAGCAUUGAUUGAUCUGCCUAAGUCCAAGGUCCGCAACAUUGGCGUCUCCAACUUCACGGUCGAGCACCUUGAGAAGGUCAUCAGCGCCACUGGCGUGGUUCCCGUCGUCAACCAGAUCGAGCGCCACCCUCUUCUCCAGCAGAAUGACACCGUCAUCAAGUACGCCAAGGAGAAGAACAUUCACAUCACUGCCUACUCUGCAUUCGGCAACAACAGCAUUGACGCGCCGCUCCUUCUCGUCAAUGACACUAUCAAGGCCGUUGCCGAGAAGAACUCCGCGACCCCCGCACAAGUUCUGCUCGCGUGGGCCCAGAUCGGUGGCCACAGUGUCAUUCCCAAGUCUGUAACCCCCUCGCGCAUCGCAGCCAACUUCCAGGAGAUCAAGCUCUCCGACGAGGAUUUCGCCGCCGUCAGCAAGAUUGGCGAGAACCCCGUGCGAUACAACAUUCCUCUGCGCUACUCUCCUACCUGGGAUGUCAACAUCUUCGAUGACGAGGUUGAGAAGAAGGCGACGCACCAGAUCGUUCUUGGUGCGUAA